UAUAUACACACACACACACAUGUAUGUAUAUGUAUUACACGCGCACGCUCGCAAGCAUACACUGUAUUAAUUCUUGCACAGGUUUUACCCUGCUGCUGCUUAUGACCAUGCUGAUGCUGCAGCUCCAAGAUAUAUUUGGAAAACUUUUGUCUCUCUCAACUUCGUAACUCUCCUCUUUCUUUCACCAAAUAUUUAACACGAUCAAAUUAUUAUUAGUUGUAUUCCUCCUAUCAAUGUGUGUUUCAUGUUAUUAAUCAACAUGACAAUUAGCCUUCUCAAUAAAUUAGUUUGCGGUGGAAAGACCAGGGACUCACCCAACGCUACUUUUACACUGGUUUACCUUCGAAGAUGAUUUGCAUAAAACUUUAAGAUUGUCAGAUUGCCAAAAGAAGGAAAAUGGAAUGUGGACUCAAAGAUAUUUUACUGUCUUUCAGUAAGAUUUAACUUCUGGAAGAUUCUUAUCUUCAAAUGGAUUUAUCUCCAAAGAUUGAAUAUACUAUUAUAGAAGACGAUUCUUUCCAAAAUUUGGAAGUUGAUUAUGAAAUUGACUCCAGACUUUGGCAAAAACGUUACGAAUGUGAACUGUGCAAUAAAGAUUUCUCAUUAUAUCGGUCUUUGAGACGUCAUAUGAAAACACAUACAAGAGAGAAAGUAUUCCAAUGUGAAAUAUGUGAUAAAGAAUUUUCUUUGAACUAUUAUUUGAAAUGUCACAUGAGAACCCAUACUGGGGAGAAACCAUUCCAAUGUGAAAUAUGUGACAAAGCAUUUUCUUUGAAUAGUUGUUUAAAAAGACAUUUAAGAACACACACUGGGGAGAAACCAUUUCGCUGUGAAAUAUGCGAUCGAGAAUUUUCUCAGAACUGCCACUUGCGCCGUCAUAUGGAAAUACAUACAGUUGACAAGCCAUUUCGCUGUGAACUGUGUGGGAAGAACUUUUCUAAAGGGUCUCUGUUGAUUAGUCAUAUGAAAUCUCACUCCGAUUUGAACCCUUUCUAUUGUAAGAUUUGUGGGAAAGAUUUUCUUAAUAAUUCUCAGCUUAUUGGUCAUUUAAGGACGCACACAGGGGAAAAACCUUUUACCUGUGAAAUUUGUGGCAAAGAUUUCUCUCAAAACAGUAAUUUGAAACGUCAUGUGAAAAUUCACUUUGGAGAAAAAACGUUUAAAUGUGAAAUAUGUAGUAAAGAAUUUUUGGGUGACAAAUGUUUAGAACGUCAUGUCCGAACACAUACUGGAGAAAAACCAUUCUCUUGUUCAUUAUGUGGUAAAACAUUUUCUCGAAAUUGUCAUUUAACACGACAUAUGAGGAUACAUACUGGAGAAAAGCCAUUCAUUUGUGAAAUAUGUGGGAAGGAUUUUUCCAGAAAUAGUAACCUAAGGGAUCAUAUGAGAACUCAUACUGGAGAGAAACCUUACUGUUGUGACAUCUGUGGUAAAGAUUUUACCAGAAGCAGUUCUUUAGAGAGACACACCCAAAUACACAGUGGAGAAAGUUGUUAUCCUUGUGAAAUAUGUGGAAAGGAAUUCUCUUUGAAUGAAAGUUUAAGACAUCACAUGAAAAUACAUACGGAAGAAAAAUCAUUUUGUUGUGAUUAUUGUGGCAAAAGUUUUACUUUGAAAAAGUCUUUAAAAAGACACCUGAAAAUCCAUAUUGAAGAGAAAACAGUUUCUUGUGAGAUCUGUGACAAAGAAUUCCUCCAGAGUUCACUGAAAUCUCACAUGAAAAUGCAUCUUGGAGAGAAGUGUUAUAUUUGUAAAAUCUGUGGGAAAGAGUUGGUGACUAAUUUUAACUUGACCCUCCAUAUGAGAACACACACUGGCGAGAAGCCGUUUUCUUGUGAGAUAUGCGGAAAGGAAUUUUCUCAGAGCUCCACUCUCAAAUACCAUAAGGAAAUUCACAACAUUGAGAAAACUUACGUCUGUGAAAUAUGUGAUAAGAAGUUUUCUGGGAACAGGGGUUUAAAACGCCACAUCAAAACACAUAGUGGAGAGAAGCCAUAUUGUUGUAAGUUAUGUGGGAAAAGAUUUUCCUUGAAUUUCAACUUGAAACGGCACAUACGGACACACACAGGGGAAAAACCUUUCCAUUGUGAAAUAUGUGGUAAAGAUUUUUCUCAAAAUUAUACUCUACAGUGCCACAUGAAAACACAUCUAAGUGAUAAACCUUUACCAUGUAAAAUAUGUGGAGAAGAAUUCUUAAAUAAUGAUAGCUUACGAUUCCAUGUAAAAUCUCAUGAAGAAGAUAAAUGCUUUACAUGUGAUGUUUGUGGCAAAGAAUUCACCAAGAAUUCCUCAUUGGUGCGACAUGUGAAAAGACAUACAGGUGAAAAACCAUUCAAUUGUUCAAUCUGUGGUAAAGGUUUCUUUCAAAAUGAAUGUUUAGAAAGACAUAUGAGGACUCAUACUGGAGAGAAACCAUUUUGUUGUGACAUUUGUGGUAAAGAUUUCUCCCAGAAAGCUUCGUUACUCCGUCAUGUUAGAACACAUACUGGAGAGAAACCAUUCCCUUGUGAGAUUUGUGGCAAAAAAUUCUCUCAGAAUUCCACUUUGAUGAAUCACCUAAAACGACAUCUUGAAGAGUGAAAAGAAGUUUGAGAGAGAAGAAAGCUUUAAAUUCUAAAUUUUAUUGAUGAGAAAUAUUUAUCAUUUGAUAAUAUUAACAAAUAAUUAGGAUUUGUUAUUCCUAAAAAAAAAGAAAAAGAAGCAUUUUACCAUGAUAUCAUUUUUGGAGAAAUAUUUUCAUUUAAUGUCACUUCUGAUGAUAUUCCUUACAUCUUUUGUAUAAGGCUGUUUCAUUAAGAACCUAUGAGAAUGACAUGAACAUCACACAAUCUCAUUUCAUUUUCUUCUAAAUGGCAGAAGAAGCAAUAUUUUAAUGAUACAUAAUUUCUGGACACAUACAUUUAUCCAAUCACAUCACUUCUGGAUUUAUAUUUGUCCCAUCAUACCAUUUAGUGCAAUUCCAUUAAAAAAAAUAUACAGCCUCACUCUACUGAACAUUUUACAUUUUAAUUAACUAUUUACAAAGAAAUCUUCAUUUUUAAUUCUAUUCUGCAUAGCUUUAAAUUAGAUUAAUUAGUCCAGCUUGCUUUAAAAUAGAUUGGUUUGUGCCAGGAUUUAAAAAAACAAAAAAACAAAAAAUAACAAAACAUUGUCCUGUUCCUUUUAGACUGUCCCUUUGUCUUAUAAUUUGGAUGGCAAGGGGGUAGUAGGUCACAUUAAUUUGAACUAGUCCACAAUCAUAUUACAUCAUACAUUAUGUAGCGGACAUCAACAUGUGACAUAUUUCAUGACUUCUGUCUGGAUCAACCUUUCUCAGCUGAAUGGAUUUUGGAUUUAUCACUGUACAAGAACAAAGGAAAUAAAUUGCAGCCAAAAAUAUGGAAGGACAAUAAACAAAUACCAUUACAUUUUAAUAAAUACCUCACCCCCCAGCCCCCACCUUUACAAGAACGUUUAAUGGUAAAAGACAAUGUUCAACAAUUCAAUAUUACAGAGAUAGGGUAAGAGUAUACUUGGUAUGGCAGUGCAGUUUUCAGUGCAUGUGUAGAAAGGUAAAUAGAUUGUAGCUGUCUCUGGUGAACAUCAGUGCCGUCCAUAUAUAUGUGUGUUUACAUAUAUGCACAUUUUGAUAUAAAUAUAUGUAUAUACACAUAUAGCUAUAUGUAUAUAUAUAUCUAUGUAUAUAUGU